AUGUCUCAAAAAGAUGGGUCCAAAGAAAAAGGGCCUCAAUUGACAAAAGAAGAAGAAGAAAAGAUCCGAAAAUUGAACGAAAUCUUCGACAAAUGUGACAAUGAACAGCUCCAAGACCUGGAGAAGAGCAAACAUGACUAUCUGGUGCUGAUAGUGCAACUUCGGAAGGUCUACCGCACCAGAUUGGGACUUCUGAUUUUGAUUAUUUUGUGCAUGUUCACCAUUAUUUCGAUGUUUAUUUUGUAUCGAAUGGACAGAAUGAAGAGUGAAGAGCACUUUAAUAGUUGUAAAUAGUAAGUUUUUGAUUCUAAUUAAUUUGGGUCUUCAGUCUCCGAAAUACCUGUCCCAGCCCUCCAAUUUCUUGUCCGACCAAAUUCAAUGAGGCAUGUAAUACGGAUGAUCAAAUUUUUGCUGGUGAAAACCCCGUAAGAGGCCUCUGGAUAUAAUAAAACCAUUUUUAGUCAUUCAUCGUGUGCAAGGAAGGCAAUCGGAGGCUCUCGAUCCACCCAGAUCUCCUCCUUGGUGGUGAUUAA